AAUCUAGAGAGCGCCAUGGGCCUCCGGACCACUAAACAGAUGAGGAGAAGCACAAAACAAGCCUCUGGUCACCACGAGGUGACUUUAGCCUGAAGAUGCUCUUUGGCCGAUGGGGCCACUGCUUCUCACUGCUCAUGGACCUUUAAAGCUGGAAGGACGUGUGAAGGCUCAGUUCACCCCUGACUAUUACAGAUUAGGAACCUGAGGCCCAGAGAAAGAAGAAACGAUCGAGCAGCCUGCCUAGCUUGCUCUCCCCUGAUGUCUCCGAGAGCCGGCCCAGGUGUCCUCCAAGGGCCACGCUGCGUCAGGUCACCACGGGCUUCUCUCGUGCCUUUUGAGAACUCUCCAGAAGACGCUCAUAUAAAUUAAACAUCAGUGCCAUCAGUGAGAUCCUUUUUGAUCAUAUGGCAAAGGAGCCAGUGGAAGACACGGACCCUAGCACUUUAUCCUUUAACGUGUCAGACAAAUACCCCAUUCAAGAUACAGGACUCCCUAAAGCUGAGGAAUGUGAUCCAAUUACUUUGAACGGCCCAACAAAUGCUGAUGCGCCACAUGAGGGAGAAGAAAACGGCUUUCCAGACAGUACUGGAGAACCCCUUUCAGAUAUAAGCAGAGGCGAGUCCUGCAAGGAGGACUGCACUUGUCCCGCCUGCUCGCUCCGGGCCCCCACCAUAAGUGACUUACUCAAUGAUCAGGACUUACUAGACGUCAUCAGGAUAAAGCUGGAUCCGUAUCACCCGACAGUAAAAAACUGGAGGAAUUUUGCAAGCAAAUGGGGCAUGCCCUAUGACGAACUGUGUUUCCUGGAGCAGAGGCCUCAGAGCCCCACCUUGGAGUUCUUGCUCCGGAACAGUCAGAGGCCGGUGGGCCAGCUGAUGGAGCUCUGCAGGCUCUACCACAGGGCCGACGUGGAGAAGGUCCUGCACAGGUGGGUGGAUGAGGAGUGGCCCAAGAGGGGGCGUGGAGACCACCCCAGGAACUUCUAGACCUCUCCGCUUCCCGCUGGCCUCUUUGGACAUUGAAACAGCCACAGGUUAAGGAGGAAUGUGGAUCUGUUCUUUCUUAAGGGUUUAGGAUGAGGACACAUGACAGUGGACAUUGGUUUUCCCCAAAGCUGGUGGGUUUUUUUUGGAGGGGUAGGUUGUGUUUUGGUGGUGGAUUUUUGUUUGUUUAGUUUUGCACAUCUGUUUUAAUUUAACAUUUGAACCUGGAAUUGGGAAAAAUACUUUGUAGACUCACAUAGGGACCAGGGCCAAAGACUACAAUCAGAA